CUUGAUCCCUUUUUUUCAAUUUUAGCAGACAAAUCAAAAAACUCCCAGAUUCGGGGGAAAUACAGUUAAAAGCGUAUAGAAAAGAGACAAGGAGAGCUCUUCGUCUUCUUCCUCCCAGUGCUCUGUAAGAUGCUUUUAAUUGUUCUGUGUCUGCUACAAGAAUGAUGUUGUCUACGUAAUCAUCUGUGUUCAUCCUAUCAGCAUGUGGAGUUUUGCAUCUAACCGCAUUGCCGGAACUGUUGGGUGUAAACACGAUUCUCUAAAACGAACUCACACUACAUUAGUGUGUUCAGACAAUGAAAGCUCUUCUGUUGUUAGCAGGGAUGAGGGUUUAGAGUGCCCGAUAUGUUGUGAGUCCUUCAACAUCGUAGAAAAUGUGCCCUAUGUUUUAUGGUGUGGUCAUACCCUUUGCAAAAACUGCGUCCUAGGACUUCAAUGGGCUGCUGUGAAAUUUCCCACUCUACCAGUUCAACUUCCGCUUUCCAUCUCCUGCCCAUGGUGCAAUCUCUUGUCUUUUCGUCUUGUUUAUAGGGGAAAUCUCAUGUUCCCUAGGAAGAACUAUUUACUUUGGAUGGUUGAGAGCAUGAAUUGUACUAGGCGGAAGUCUCGUUAUCCUUUGUGUGAAGAUCAUCAGCCAGACUGGUCAUCAAACAACAAUUUAGCAUCAGGAAAUCAAGUGACUCGGGGUAACCAUGGAAGGGGACAAAGUCCACAUCAUUACGAGUCAUCAGAAUCAAGCCGCAGUUAUGCUCGUUUUUCCAAUGACUUCAAUUUCGAAAGAAUACAUUCUUUCCUUUGGAAAUCUCUUACGUUCUUCAUACAUCUGUCAGCCAAGUUCCCAUUUGUGAUCAUAUUUCUCUUGAUCACCCUGUAUGCAAUUCCAGCCAGUGCAGCCAUCUUGGCUCUCUAUGUACUUAUUACUGUUCUGUUUGGUCUCCCUUCGUUUCUCAUUUUAUACUUCGCCUAUCCUUGUCUAGACUGGCUAGUGAACGAGAUCAUCACAUGACAUGGUAUUAGUUUCAUGUUCAGCAAUCAUUGUGAAUAUAAGUUUGCACCUAUACCGCAACACAUCUUUACCCGAAGACCAUUAAAUCUCCAAUUCAAUGACUUUCCAAGGUCCGAGUUUAUAGCAUUUCUUCUUCAAAGGUACUCAACAUCUUUUCCUAUUUAGUAUAUAUAUAUAUAUAUAUAUAUAUAUAUCAAUCACCUUGUGAAUGAUUGCUAUUAUUCUUAUUUUCGGGAUGAGCACGGAUUUUCUCAUCCAAUGGCAAUCAAAUUCCCAGACACAGCAUAAAGUGCUCUAUUGACAACAGCGUUCUUGGUUAGUAUACAGUUGAAAUGGUUAUGUAAGUGCACAUGUAGUUGUACUUAGUUAAAGACUGUUGUUACUGGAUCUAUAUGUUAUAGGUGUAUGAUAUUUUCUGCUUAUGCUUGUUUUUUCUCCUUUUUGGCUUGGAUGAAAGCAAUGAAUAAUUUGCAUAA